ACUUCACACAAUAAGCACUCUUUUAAAAAACUUAGUUGGUCUUGUGCAGCGUUUUACUCGGUACGGUAAGGAUUCGCUGCUUCCAGGUCCCUGCGUCAUUGUCGCACGAAACUCACGACAACCACAAAGCACAUGGCCGAAACAACAAACAAUCAUACAUCCACCACUCUUUCAUCCUCGUCAUCAUCAUCAUCACCAUCAGAAUAGAUAUUUUAUCAUACCACCAUGACUACAACCCAAUCUUCUCCUACAAUUACCGCCGCUGCCGUCCUUGGCAACUUUAUCUUUUUGGGUCCACUCCUGUGGAUCCAAGAACUCUUGCAAAACCUCUUGACACGGGCUGUGACGGGCGAUUGGGGGUGGAUUUAUCCACGCUCUCCUCAUGAAUGGUGGUCCUUUCAUACCAUGCCAUCAUGGGGCGCCGUGGCCGCUGUGUGGUUUGCACUGAAUGUCCGCUUCCUACAUCAACAAAGUGUAUUGGUCCGACUACUGAUCAUGGCCACCAUUGGAUGGGUGAUUGAAUAUUUGAAUGGAUUUGUGCAGGAAGCCACAGGGUCAGAAGGAUUGCAAGUGUGGCCGGGAAGUCCUCUUCGCUAUGUCACGUAUGGGUGUUUUCUGUGGUGGAUUCAGAAUGGAGUCACUUGGUUUGUCUUGAACGAGGGUCUUGCCAGGGUUGGUAGUGCGAUUGCGCAGUCCAAUCUUCUUGGCGGUAAGGACAUUUCAGAAGGGAAAAAAGCAGAAUAGAUACUACCGACCGAUAUUUGGCUGCAUGGAGUGGUACGCACAAGUGUGACCCGUGAUGAAAGGUGCUGAAAAGUGUUGAAAAUGUGAUGAAUGGUGAUGAAUCCAUGAUGAAUGGGUGAUGAACAGUACUGAAUGUAGUCUACAACUUCUAUUCAUCAACUCAUUGUCUACACUUUGUCUACACUUUGUUAGUUACUACUUGUAAAGAUCGGGGCCUCGGCUCGUGGGUCGUCCUCAA